AUGGCAACAGAUAUCAGAACCUCGGAGCUCAGGAGCCCGAUCGACGUAGCAGAAUACUUAUUCCGCAGGCUCCAUGAAGUCGGUGUUCGUGGUGUACACGGUGUUCCAGGCGAUUUCAAUCUAGUAGCUCUCGACUACAUCCCCAAAGCUGGACUCAACUGGGUAGGGAAUUGCAAUGAGCUCAACGCAGGCUAUGCUGCAGAUGGAUACGCAAGAGUGAAGGGCAUAUCGGCGGUUGUAACGACCUUUGGCGUUGGUGAGCUAAGCCUUCUCAAUGCCAUCGCAGGCGCCUACUCCGAGUACGUGCCAAUCGUACACAUCGUUGGCACUCCGUCCACCCUCUCACAACACGAUGGCUUACUUCUACACCACACCCUUGGCAAUGGGAAUUUUGAGGUCUUUGCGGACAUGAGCCAUAAUAUAUCCUGCGCCAAGGCGAAGUUGACCGAUCCUCAUGAUGCAGCCAUGCUCAUCGACAAUGCAAUUCGGGAAUGCUGGGUUCAAUCGAGGCCUGUAUACAUUACUCUGCCAACAGACAUGGUUCAGAAGAAAAUUGAGGGCGAACGAUUGAAGACACCCAUAGAGCUCAGCUUUCCACUCAAUGAUACGGAGAAGGAGGACUAUGUCGUGGACGUCGUUUUGAAGUAUCUCCAUGCCGCAAAAAAUCCUAUUAUUCUCGUCGAUGCUUGCGCCAUAAGACACAGAGCACUCGAAGAAGUACACGAGUUUAUCGAGAAGUCUAGCCUACCCGUCUUUGUAGCCCCCAUGGGCAAGGGUGCUGUGAAUGAAUCCUUGCCCAACUAUGGUGGUGUGUAUGCUGGAAACGGAAGCAAUGCUGGAGUCGCAGAGCGUGUUGAGUCAUCGGACCUUGUUCUAAGCAUCGGCGCCAUUAAGUCAGAUUUCAAUACAGCUGGUUUCACUUACAGAGUCAGCCAGCUCUCGACUAUCGACUUCCACAGCGGAUACAUGCGUGUUCGAUACUCAGAGUACCCUGGAGUACAUAUGCACGGAGUACUGAGAAAAGUUACUGCUCGGAUGGGGAAGCUCAACAUAGAAGCGGGCCCUGCGCCAGAUAACGAAAUCGCAAAGAAAGACCAAGGGAUGUCGCAAGGAGAAGUCAUCACGCAUGACUGGUUAUGGCCAAGAGUUGGUCAAUGGCUAGAGCCAAACGAUAUCGUGCUCACAGAGACCGGUACCGCCAACUUCGGCAUCUGGGAGACGAAAUUCCCAAAAGGCGUGACGGCUAUUUCUCAGGUUCUAUGGGGUUCAAUAGGCUAUUCGGUAGGAGCAUGCCAAGGUGCUGCGUUAGCCGCAAAGGAAACGGGCGACAGACGGACCAUCUUGUUCGUUGGCGAUGGCUCCUUCGAACUAACAGCCCAGGAGCUCAGCACUAUGAUCAGGAAUGACCUGAAGCCAAUCAUAUUUGUCAUUUGUAAUGAAGGUUAUACCAUCGAGAGGUACAUCCAUGGCAUGGACGCCAGCUAUAAUGAUAUCCAGCAGUGGAAAUAUAAGGAUCUUGUCAGCGUCUUCGGAGCCGACCCAAAGAAGUCGAAGACUUAUCAGGUCAAGACAAAGCAAGAGGCAGAGGACCUCUUCAAGGAUGAGAAUUUCUCGUCCGCACCAUAUCUUCAGUUCGUGGAGCUUUACAUGCCCAAAGAAGAUGCCCCGAAGGCACUUAAACUGACUGCAGAGGCUUCAGCUAAGACCAACGCGAAGCAGUGA